UGCACUGUUGUGUCCCACCUGUAUCUGUUUCCCCUCGGCUCCGUUAAAAGUCAUGGCAGGUCCUGAUCUGAUAAGAACUCUUCUGUAUACCGUCAAUAAUCUUCUACAGCAGGAGAAAUACAAAGCGGCGUUGGCAGUUUUGAAGGGAUUCAGGAACGGAGCUGUAUAUGGGGCCAAAAUCAGAGCACCACAUGCCCUGGUUAUGACAUUUCUAUUUAGAAGUGGCAGUUUAAAGGACAAGUUCAAAGCCAUUUUGAAGGCCACAUACACCCACUCCAGAAACCUGGCGUGCUUUGUGUUCACGUACAAAGGACUGCAAGCUUUGCAGCAGAAACUUCAAGGAAAGAGUUUACAGUCUCACUCAUUUCUGGCUGCCUGUGUUGGUGGAUGGUUAGUGUUUGGCGAUAACAACAACAUUAACAGUCAGAUCAACAUGUACCUGCUGUCCAGGAUCCUGUUCGCCCUGUCUCGGCUGGCUGUAGAGAAAGGAUUCAUCCCACAGCCUAAGCAUGACCCUUUCCCACUCUUUGCCACGCUAGUUUGGGGUAUUGUCUUGUGGUUGUUUGAGUAUUACCCACAUACUCUCCAGCCAUCACUGCAGUCCUCCAUGAACUACCUCUAUCAUGACAGCAACGUGUGGCAUGACAUCUCAGACUUCCUAGUUUACAAUAAGCCAAGGACUGCUGCCCAAAACUAAAGGUUUAUUGUUUUAUUUUUUGUAAAAGAAUUUUUUUUUUAAUCACUAUUCUGAAUAUGAUUGAAUUUUGCCUUUUUAAAUGUUUGACACUGAAGUUUGUAUUUGAAUGUCCUAAUUCUUUUCUGUUUGUCAGUAUCUACCAAGUUUCUAGCUAAAGUGCUCAACCAUCAUAUUUAAGUACCAUUGCUGAAAGGCAAUUUAUGCAGUACUUCUUAUGAUUUUGUGUUCAUAUUUUAUCUGAUUGUACAGAUUGUUGGAGUUUCUGAUUUUCCAGAGCUAUGUCACUAAAUGUAGCUGCCGUAUAAUUGAAGAAUUAAUAAACAAC